UAGACUUGGUAAGCUAGGCUAGGCUAAGCUAAGCUAGCUUCCUCUCCGGUGUCGGCACCGGCGCUAACACUCCCAACCCCCCCUGCAAGCCCCGUGUGAGGACCCCCAGUGAGGACUCUCGGCCGCUGUGGAACCGCGCUUCACAACAUGCCGGUGCCGGUGUGCGCGUCCCGGGAGGCUAGCAGCAGCUACGAGGGAGCCGGGACUACAGCUGCUGCUAGCUGAAGUUCCACUGCACGUCUGUGGAUGAGGUGCUGCUAGCUAGCUACACACACACACACACACACACAGACACACACACACAGACUCACAGGUCGAGGCGGUGGAUACAUGUCUACCUCCGAACCACGACACGAGCUACGAAAGAAGGCACAUCUCGCAGUUCAUGUUUCGCCAAGAAGUCAGUGUGACGUCGUUCAUCCCAUCUUGUUCGUAUCUUUUCCAACAAGAGAAGAGGAAUAUGUCCAGGUAUAACAUCUACAGCCUGCUGGACUGGGUCUACGGCGGCGUGGACCCGAAGUUCGAGGGCAACGGGGGGCCCGAGUGCGCCGCCUUCCUGGCUCCCCAGCAGCGGGUCAGCGAGAGCCUGGUGAUGGUCCUCAUCUCGCUGCUGGAGGUCGGCGUGGCGCUGAGGAAGAUCAACCUGAGCCGGGAGCUCCGGGCGGUGGGGAAGGAGUGCACCCGGGCGAAGGAGGACAGUCUGGGGAAGAACCUGUUGCUCGUCGCCCUCUGCAUGACUUUUGGGGUGGAGGUCGGGUUCAAAUUCGCCACCAAGACUGUGAUUUAUCUGCUGAACCCGUGCCACGUCAUGACCAUGGUCCAGAUCUUCCUGCUGGCCUGCCCGCCGGGUAAAACAGCAAUGGUUGUAUUUAGGCUGCAGGUCCACAUGUUGAAUGGUGCACUACUGGCUUUAAUGUUCCCUGUUGUCAACACAAGACUACUUCCGUUUGAGAAGGAGAUCUACUACAUCCAGCACUCCAUGCUGUACCUGGUGCCUCUUUAUCUGUUCAGGAAAGGAGGUGUAUACAAGCCAGAGCCUCUAGGGGACAUGUGGUGGGCAGUCCUCGCCACGGGCCUCCUGUUCCUCUACCACUUCCUCUUCUUGCAGGUUCUUGGCAUGGCGACUGAGGUCAACCUGAACAACAUGCUGUGCCCGGCUGUGUCGGACCCCUUUUACGGGCCUUGGUACCGGGUUUGGGCGGCGGGCCACCAGACUCUGCUGACCCUCACUCACGGGAAGGUCCUCACGUUCCUGUCGCAGCACACUGGCUCCGUCUGCAGAUACCUGCAGGACGCACUCCGACUGCGCAGCAAGAAAGUCGACUGAAUGUUCGCAAAGAUGCACACAGACCUAGCCUUUCACUCUAAAUGCCUGCUCAUACAGAUUUCUCUCUUUUUUAAAGCAACAUUUUAAUGCAUCUUUUUUAGAUUUAACCAUCUGUUUAACUGAAACACGUGAGCAUUUCAGGGCCAGUGAAUCAAUGUGUCAUUCUUUUAGUGUUGUAGUUGGCUUGCAUACAUUCAUACGUGCAUGGAGAGACAUGAUAGGACUUCUAAGGCUGGUAGUUAGCGUUGUUGAGUUUGCCAGAGCUAGCCUUGCUUGGAAAUACCAUUUCCAGAGAUAUGUAAGUGAAUUUGUGGAUGAUUUCCCAAGCUGCCUUUUUCUAACCGUUGUGAGGAAAUGGGGGGUCACCGAAAAUGUCACUGCUGAUCUGCAGCUGUUACACUUUCCUUUCUUUACCUCUUUACGCUAGAUCUAUGUUAUGUUAGUAAAGCUGCCAUUUUAUUUGUCUCAUGAUUGUAAAUGUGAGCCGUCGUAAACGUUAUUGCUCGUUCGGUUGGAGGAUUUUUGUUCGACACGUAUGAUCACUUCUCUGUGUUGUCAUGACUGAAAAAAAGACCAGACUUAUUUAUGGCGUCCCCCUGUUCUCACGUCAUCACACACAUGGACAGGUCCUGAACGCAUCGCUGUUCAAUGGCCUCGUCUGUGUUUCUGUUUCCACCCCGCUCUGAUCAUUCCAGUUGUGGUAAUCUGGGGACAUGGGGAUGUAUUACAUGCUGAGACUCCUAGUGAUGAAUGAGGAUUUGUGGAUCUACACAGGGAUGUUAUUACCUCCCACCGAGGAGGUCAUGUUGUUUUUGUCUUUUAUUUCCUGGUGAUGUCGGAUCAUGUUCAGUGAAGAAUAGAUUUCAGUGAGUUGAAUGAAUGUGAGGAGAACUUGAAAUGUUUCUGGGCUGGAUUCAUGCAUAAUGACACUUGAAUACAAUUUGUUGCUUAAUCUUCCAAAGCAUCCUGAAUUCACUUCACCACCAUAUUCGCAACAAGUCACGACCUCAGUUUUUUAACAAAUUGCAUCAAAUGAUCUUUAUGAGAUCACUUUGAGUCAUAUAUUGACUAUCCGUGUGAGAGAAAGUAUUGGCUGAUGAUGAUUGAAAAAUGUCAGUCUGGGUAUAACAUUUCAAUAUGAGGGAUGUGUUUAUUACUGUAGCAUAUUAUUGUACUUCACUGUAAAGAAGGGAUAAGACAAAGAUUUGUAUUUUUAUCGGUUCAAGUGUAUGUUCUGUAUUGAGAAUAAAAGUGAUGUCGACCACU